AUGCCCAGGAUGCCUAUGCCUCGACCACCGAACUACACAACUCCUUUCGCCGAAUCUCCUCUCACAUCCACCGCCGGAAAACCACCUGUCGGUGCUUCUGGAUCAAUCGGAAUAACCGCCGGGGUGAACUCAACUGCGUACAAUCCCAACCCAGGUGAUACAUAUGGUAGAAAUUCCAUUUCAGAAGACCAGUUGCUCCAGUCAGUUCGUUCAGCCGUGUUGGACAAAUUGCGUCGAACCCAGCGCGAAUUGUUGAUGCAACACCGUGAUGAAAUUCAAUCCCUUCAGGAGACUCACGCCGACUUGGUACGGGGUGGUGCCUCGCUAGAAGAAAUGCUCAGUCGUAUGGACCGGGAAAAGCUGUAUACACUUGAAUCCGUACUAUGA